AUGAGGCUGUUCUUGCGGAACUUGGAGAGGCUGAAAAGGCCAUCAAAUAUCUCCGACUCCGACAGCCGAGGAGACUCUGCCAAAGGACGAUUCUACUACACCUGGUCACCAAGGGCGUUUGUCGACAGUGAAAACCGGAGCACGACACUGAACUUAUUCAUCUCAUCCUUCAACUCGUCUCAUAUUUGUAGACUCACCCUCAAGGACAGACUCAGACAAAUUAUCAUCCAGGGCGCGUCAAAGGCCUGGAAUUCAUCAUCCUACUCGAUCAGCCCGCGCUGCCUGUUCAAACAAGACUUCACCCCUGCCAAUCCAGCCUCACGUCUCUCCUCUCACACACCUAUACCUGUCACCCAUUCACGGCACUCAGCAGAAGUGUUCUUGUCAACUGUCCUUUCAGACACGGCGACGCCCUCCUCGAAAGCCUUCACCGACUUCACAUCUAACGCCGAGACGGGCGUGAAACACAAGUGCGAAGCAUGCAAGAAGCUCCAGAAGAAGGAGGACCGUAAGAGGGGUGUCAUAUCAAAGUUAACAGCGCUCAUCUUCCGCGAGCCUUGGCUCGAGACAGAGGGGAAGGCGGGCGCGUCAGAGAAGGCCGCCUGGGGGAUGGAGGUGGAGGGGACGGAAGGGGCCGAGAAAGCCGCCGGAGGUGUCGUCGUUGUCGAUGACGAUGACGGCCUUACAAAGGAGCUUCGGGGCCGGGUUCAGGAUUCAGCGGGAGGCCGAUGA